CGACGUGAUGCCGCGCGCAGAGGACUUUACAUACGACAAAAUCUCGUCUUCAACACGCCCACACAGAUACAGACAAAACCUUAUCGGACUGACAACAACAUUGGGCGUUUCCUACUACUGCCGGGCUUCUGCAGCGAGAAGGGGGAUCAUUUCAUUAGAGGCACACCGGUACCAGCAGCGGGAAACCAUCGGUCCGAGGGGUGCUCACAGCCGGGCAGCAUGAAUAGAUGUCUGAUCAGCCAGUUGGAGGUGCAGGGCUUCAUUGAGAGGUGUUUGACAACAGUGGGCGCCAAACCGCAUCAUGCCCGCAGCUUGGCUGAGGUGUUGGUGGAAGGAGACUGCAGGGGUCAUUACAGCCAUGGUCUCAACAGGAUGGACAUGUACGUGAAGGACAUCCAGACAGGAAUCUGUGCUGUUGACGGUGAGCCAGUGGUGGAAAAGGAGAGUGCAGCCACAGCUCUGGUGAAUGGGAAGAACCUCCUGGGUCCAGUAGUAGGAAACUUCUGCAUGAAUCUGGCCAUAAGGAAGGCCAAAGAGGUUGGCAUUGGCUGGGUGGUGGCGCACGAUUCCAACCAUUUUGGUAUUGCUGGAUAUUACGCAAUGCAAGCAUUGAAGGAAAAUAUGAUUGGCAUGUCAUUUACCAACACAUCCCCAUUAGUGGUUCCCACUCGUGGUAAAGAGCGCACUUUGGGCACCAACCCUCUCAGUAUAGCUGCUCCUGCCAAAGAUGGAGACAGUUUUGUUCUGGACACGGCCACUUCAACCGUAGCACUUGGAAAGGUGGAGCUUAGUGACCGGCGUGGUGACCCUAUUCCUGAUGGCUGGGGCUGUGACCCUCAAGGAAAUAUUACAACAGACCCCAAGAGAGUCCUCACCGGAGGUGGACUGGUGCCAAUCGGUGGCAGUGAAGCUACAGGAGGGUACAAAGGCUAUGGUCUGGGAAUGAUGGUGGAGGUGUUCUGUGGUAUCUUGGCUGGUGCUCAGUACAGCAAAUAUGUCCGUACAUGGAAAGUAACUGACAGAAUUGCCAACCUGGGUCAGUGUUUUGUUGCAAUCAAUCCAGAUAACUUUGCUUCUGGCUUCAAUGAAAGGAUGUCAGAUCUGCUGUCCAUCCAGAGAGACCAGGACCCUGCCAACCCUGGUUCUCCUGUUUUAGCUGCUGGAGAUCCAGAAAGGAUGAACGUGAAGAAGUGUGAGGAGAUGGGUGGAAUACCUUACCACAUCAAUGUUAUCAAGUACAUGAAUGAAUAUGCAAAGAAAAUCGGUGUCAACCAGCGGCUGCCUUGUGACAAGAUUGUCUCCAUUUAGUUUGUUGCGCAUUGGAAAUUUUCUACCUCAACUCGGAUCGAUCCAGAAGUGAAAUUCUUUUACUCAAAUCAUAGAUACUGAUAGUAAUAUUUAGUUCAUUGUCAUACUGACAUUUAAGUGUUGUUAUAUUUUAAACAUAAAAAAAUAAGAUGCAAUAACUUUUAAAAGCUGUGACAUAAAAAAGGAAAAUAAUUUUUCUUUUCUUUUUUUUUACCUCUGGACUUAGACUAGAAAUAUAAUUUCUGCUGUUAUAUGCUGGCUCUAGUAGCAAUAACACAUUAUAAGUUGAAGCUCUGCUGUGAUGUGAAUGAGUUCACAACAGCUUGAGUGGUGCAGUUUAAAGAGAGAAAAAAAAGACUUAUUUUAAGUCAUUUUUAACUGUAUGGGUCAUUUCUUGUUGAGGCAGUGCAGAACUGUAGUAUCUGUUGCAGUAUCAUGUAGAAAAAUAUAUAUUUUAACAAAGAUUAUUGUUUUAACCCUUUAAUGUUCUUACUGAGGGAAAAAAAGCAGUUGAAACAGAUUGCUCCUGUUUCUUUAGAUCCGUAAUGAGAAUACAUGUUUUUAAGAUACAUAUGUAUGCUUUUUUUUAAUAAUAUUAUCAUGUUGUUUUUGUAUAAUAGGGCCAUCAUGACUUCAUCAUUGCUAUGUGCCUUGUUUUAUAAAAAAAACUUUAUAAAACAAAACUUGUUAUUCUACAUAAUUACAUUAUGUAUC